AUGAGAGUUGUUUCGGGUAAAAGUCGCCACCUAUUAUCGUCCUUGGAACCAAAUCCAUCUUCAGUCCAGUUCGCGGUGAACUCACUCACAUCAGACGAAACUCAAGCUACUAAGAAAAGCAAGUAUGUAUCUCACGAAUCGAUAGUCAACCUUAUCAAACGUGAAAAAAACCCGGAAAACGCGCUGGAAAUUUUCAACAAGGCAUCCACCCAGAGGGGCUUUCAGCACAACAACUCGACUUAUGCUGUGAUCCUCAACAAGCUUGCCCAGUGUAAGAAGUACAGUUCCCUUGAUGCCGUUCUUCACCGUAUGACUUACGAGACCUGCAAAUUCCACGAAGGUGUAUUCCUUAACCUCAUGAACGAAUUCUCGAAAUCGUCCCUUCAUGAGAGGGUCCUCGACAUGUUUUGCUUGAUUGUUACAAUUGCACGCACAAAGCCUUCCAUGAAAGCCGUCAGCACGUGCCUUAAUCUGCUGGUUGACACGGAACAAAUGGAUCUUGCUCGGGCUUUCCUCCUGAAGGCCCGGAGGGACUUUCACGUGGAGCCCAAUACAUGCAUAUUCAACAUUCUCAUCAAGCACCACUGCAGGAAAGGGGAUCUCGAGUCGGCCUUUGGAGUGGUGAACGAGAUGAAGAAGUCUGAAAAAUCAUUCCCGAAUUUAAUCACCUACUCAACUUUAAUAGAUGGGCUCUGUGCAAACGGUAGACUUGAAGCAGCCAUUGACUUGUUCGAAGAAAUGGUGUCCAAGCAUCAUAUAGUGCCUGAUGCAUUGACUUAUAAUGCCCUGAUCAACGGGUUCUGCCGUGGGGGGAAAACCGAAAGGGCCUGGAAGAUAAUGGACUUCAUGAAGAAAAAUGGGUGCAGCCCAAACAAGUUCAAUUACUCGUCAUUGAUGAACGGGCUAUGCAGGGAUGGGAAAAUGGAUGAGGCCAGGGGAGUUAUCGAUGAAAUGUGGGCUGUGGGCUUGAGGCCCGAUACGGUUUCGUACACGACUUUGAUUAAUUCCUUGUGCAGGGCCGAGAGGACAAGUGAAGCCCUCGAGCUACUUGGAGAAAUGAGAGUCAAGGAAUGUAAGCCAGACAUGGUAACAUUUAAUGUGAUUCUUGGUGGGCUGUGUCGGGAAUAUAGAUACAGUGAGGCACUCGAUAUGCUCGAGUGUCUGCCGAGCGAAGGUGUCUAUCUGAACAAGACCAGUUAUAGAAUCGUGUUGAAUUUUUUGUGCAAAAAUGGGGAAUUUGAGAAGGCAGUAAGCUUGUUGGUUCUGAUGUUGCGUAGGGGCUUCGUGCCCCACUUUGGGACGUCGAACGAGUUAUUGGUAAGCCUUUGUGAGGUGGGAAAGGCAAAUGAUGCUGUUAUGGUGUUGUUUGGUUUGGUGGAUUUGGGGUUCAGACCGAAUCCCGGUACUUGGAGUGUGUUGAUUGAUUUGAUUUGUAGAGAAAGAAGGUUGUUGCAUGUGUUCGAACUUGUUGAUAAGCUGAUUUCGGAAGAUUUAUGA